UGUUGAUAGCGGAAUGAUGAGCGCAGCGGCUUGUGUUACCUAGUCGGAAUCUUUUCAAAGCUACACCGAGGGAAAAAAUGGCGACCUCCGUAAGGAAGCCACGCGUGAGUGCUGAGGAGUUUGAAGACUCAAAAGAGGAUGCGGAAGCAGUAGAAGAAAGUGGCAGUGAGGAGGGGAGCGAGGAUGGCGAGGACGGAUCAGAUGAUGACGAAGAGGGGAGCGAGGCUCCGCAAGAUGACUUUGGAGCCAGUGAUGAUGAUGAUGAUGACGAUGACGAUGACGACAAUGAUGAUGAUGACGACGACGAUGAUGAUGGAGAAGGGGAUGAAGAGGUAGCUGGGGAAGACGGCAGUGAUGAUGAACAGGGAGAUAACGAGGAGGAGGAGGGUGGUGAUGAAGAGGAGCAGGGGGAGAGCAACCCCAACGCCGGCUGGGCGGACGUCAUGGCCAAGAUCCUGCAGAAGGAAACGCCCAACAGCAAGCUGGUGAUCCUGCAGAAGAACAAGCAGCUGGAGAAGAGGAAGGAGAAGGCCAAGGAGGAGAUGCUGGAGCGCAGGAAGCUGGUUGACAAGCGGAAAGCAUGGGAGAUGAUUGGGCGUGUCAAGCCAGACAUCGUGAAAGACAGAGAGAUCGAGAGAAACAUGCAGAGAACCGCAACCAGAGGCGUGGUGCAGCUGUUCAACGCGGUGCGUAAGCACCAGAAGGACGUGGAUGAGAAGGUGAAGGAGGCGGGCGGCUCGGAGAGGAAGAAGGCCAAGAUCCUCUCCUCCGUCUCCAAGAAAGACUUCAUCAACGUGCUCAGAGGCACCGAGGGACCCACGGAGUCUGCAAAGACACUCAAGGCAGAGGUAAAGGAGGAGGAGGAGGAGAAAGGGAAGCCGGCAUGGAGUGUGCUGAGGGACGACUACAUGAUGGGAGCCUCCAUGAAGGACUGGGACAAGGAGAGCGAUGAGGAGCCCGGCAGUAAGCAGGCCGGGGCAGGGGACGACUACAGCGACUCGGACUGAUGCUUGUUAGCUCUCUCUCUCUCUCUCGCUCGCUCGCUCUCGCUCGCUCUCACUCACACACAUGGAAUCCAGGCCAGGGAACCAAGAUUCGGUUGGGCUGGAACGAGCUCCACACACACACACACACACACACACACACACACACACACACACACACACACACACACACACACACACACACACACCAUCUGGAUUUUCACAACUGCAAUAAUCUAACACAUUUAUUAAUAUGUAACUGUUGCUUCACUAUUACCACAUAUGCGGCAAACUUGGGAACACACACACACACACACACACACACACACACACACACACACACACACACACACACACACACACACACACACACACACACACACACACACUCUAUCCUCAUUUGAGGAUGGGGAUGAAUAUUUUUCAAUGGACUGUUAUUUUUUCUGCAUUUUGUAUACUAAGCAAAUGUGACAGACUUUUUAUGACAUUUGUUGCCCGAGUGUCAGCCUGAAGUUCAGCGUGGCACUGACAACCUGACUCCUAGUUAGGUCUGUGUGACAGAGGGACCUGACUCUCUGAUGUGAAGAUCCAACACAUGAGAAGCAGAAUAGCCGGACACAAGGAUAAGACAACAGAAGUGUCUUCCUGUCCCACUUUUACACCAACCGUUUUGGAUCAUUGACAUGUAUGACUGUUUUGCCCAUUUCCCCAAAAUGUCUGAUUAUGUGUAAAUAGUAUCUGUUUGGAAUUGUAGUUCAUUGAUCUUGAUGUGUAUCAGUGCAAAACACUGAGCAAACAAGUUUUCUUGUUGCCAAAAAAGUACAUUAAAUUUUUGUCAUUUAAACCCA